CCCCCUCCCUCCACCAUCCGCUCCGUUCUCUCCGGCGGCCGCAGUCAGAGACUCGGGCGGCAAAGCGAAGGCGUCUCCACUCCAACUCCCGUCCACGUCCAGCACUCACGCACAGAUCUCACUCACAGCCCCCCACCAUGGCCGCGCUGUGCGUGUGCGCUUUGCUCCUCGUCUGCGCCCUCUCCUCCCCCUCCAUCUCCUCGUCGGUGGCCGCGGCCACCUCCUCCAAACCGUUCGCCCAGCGCCAGUUCUUCACCGACUUCAUGAUGGCCGACGACGCCGUCGAGUUCUCGGGAGACGACUCUGCGGUGCCGGCCCCCACGCCCAAGCAGCCCUCAGCGGGCCGCCCCAAACCGCCCACCGGCGGGAAGCCGUCGGGACGCGGGCCCGUCACCCCGCCCAAGUUGCCGCUGCCACCGCCGCCACCUCCCGACGCGAGCUGCCCCUUCGGGUGCCAGUGCAGCGCGCGCGUCGUGCAGUGCUCCGACCUGGGCCUCGUCGCCGUGCCCCAGGCCAUCCCCAAGGACGCCCGCCUCCUCGAUCUGCAGAACAACAAGAUCACGGAGAUCAAGCAGGACGACUUCAAGGGCCUCAAUAAACUCUAUGCGCUGUACCUGGUGAACAACCUCAUCAGCAAGGUGCACCCCAAGGCGUUUGCGCCGCUCUCGAGCCUGGACAAGCUGUACAUCUCGCACAACCAGCUGACCGAGGUGCCCGGCUCCAUGCCGCCCUCCCUGGUGGAGCUCCGCAUCCACGAAAACAACAUCAAGAAGAUCCCCAAGGACGCGUUCUCCGGCAUGAAGAGACUCCACGCGCUCGAGAUGGGAGGGAACCCCCUGCAGUCGACAGGGAUCGAGGUGGGGGCCUUCGAGGGACUGGAGCGCCUCGUGUACGUGCGCGUGUCCGACUCGAAGCUCGCGCGCAUCCCCAAAGACCUGCCCAACUCCAUCCAGGAGCUGCACUUGGAGCACAACCAGAUCACCGCUCUGGAGCAAGAGGAUCUGAUCCGAUACCCGCUCAUUCACCGGUUGGGCUUGAGCUAUAACCAGAUCAAGGUGAUUCAGAAUGGAAGCCUGGAGACCUGCCCACACCUGAGGGAGCUGCACCUGGACAGCAACGUCCUAACGCAGGUGCCCCCUGGCCUGGCCUUCCUCAAGCACCUGCAGGUGGUCUACCUGCACAGCAACAAGAUCGCGGCCGUGAAAUCGGACGACUUCUGCAGCAAGGGCGCGAGUCCCAAGCGAGUCCUUUACUCGGGCAUCUCCCUGUUCGACAACCCCGUCAACUACUGGGACGUGCCGCCCUCUGCCUUCCGCUGCGUGGCCAGCCGCUCUGCCGUGCAGUUCAGCCAGAAUUUCCGCAAGUAGAGGUGGGGGUGAGGGGCGCAGAGGGCCGGCGGGGGCAGGGCGGGGGGGGGGGCUCAGCCUGGGGGCCCGGCCCAGGAAACCCAUCCCAGAACCACCGCAGGAGGCAAGCAGGUCCCACCCCAGGGUCCCACCCCGAGCAUCACUCCCCCCCCCCCCCGAACCUCGUCCUGUGACCCAAAUACCCCUUUUCCACUGGCACAGCUGAGCCAGCGUGGGGCUCUCACGGUACGGGUUUUUGUUUUUUCCCACCGGUGAUUUGCCGAACCCGACCGGAACCAAACCGUGCCACGCUGGCCUCGCGAGACAUAUCAACGUAGGCUCGUGCCCCAAGCAGCACCAGGCGCGGGGUUGAUCCUUGUCGGCGUACCCUGCGUCCCAUCCAGCCUAACGUGCAGGCGCUGAUGUCUCGUGCUUAUCGCAUGCGACGGCAGUGGCACGACUCGGCUCGGCUUCCGCAGUGGAAAAGACAACCUGGCACUUCCUGAGCCGCACCAAGCCGACUCGACACGGCCCCGGCACGGCUAUGGUCGCAGGUGCCGGUGGAACAGAGGGUAUUAGAUCCUGACCCCAGGAGUUGGAGCCCCAUUUUGGGGACCCUGUGGUCUGCCGUGGGGACCCGUACGUCCUACCCCAAGGGCCCUGGGACCUACGAGGGAUCUGAUCCCCGGGGUCUCUGGGCGACGGUCACACCUGGGACCCCGAAGCUGAUCACGUAACAGUUGAGAGCAGGGGGCACAGAUGCACGUGAGGGUGGUGAGAGGAAGGUGAGGGGGAAGCAGGUGAGAGUCUGGGUGGGUGAGUUGGUGAGCACGUGACAGUGGAGAUGAUGGUUGUGAUGCUGGUGAUGAUGACGAUGAUGGGGAUGACGAUGGUGAUGGGAAAUACUGAGUGUUGAAGCCGUGUUACACACACACACACACACCUCUGAAUAUUUGUGCAUGCAUGUGUACAAACUUGCACGCACGUGUCAACGAACCUGCAUACAUGCUUUCCAGCACCUGUACAUACACAUAGAUCAGUACACCUGUACGUGUUCCUGAUGAACACAUAUGUACACCUGCCACUCCAAUCCACACAUCUGUAUGCAUACAAAUAUAUACAAAUACAAAGAUUCCCCAUAUAGCCUUAACAGACUGUAGGGGCAAGUGCUGUUACCGAGCACUUAUGAAGGCCGACACGGCACACCGAGGGGGUGGGUGGCCAGCACCACUUCCGGCCGCCUUUGUCUCCCCAGUGGCGAUGUUUACACACCGCACCAGGUACUCAUUUAAGGCUGAGUCACCGACGUUGGCAGUUAGCGGGAAUCGUAACUCGGGUCACUGGGUUCGUAGCGCAGCGCGCUAACCACUAUGUGUACCGCUCCCCACCGUACACACUUGUAUACAUACACACCUGCAUACAAAGAAACGUGUGACCAUGGGGGUAUAUGGGCGGGGGGGGGCGGUCUUGUGUGAGUAAAGUUAUAACAGAUUUAUUAUAAAUCCACGUAAAGCCGAUGACCCCCUGUACCGCCGCGCGAUGUCGUUGUUCCAUAUUCAUUCAAUAAAAGUGGCUUAUGAACCUCA